CGUUGCUCUUGGUCAGUGUGAAGAGAGGGAAAGGGGAGAAGAAGAGGGGAGUCGCGCGUGUCCUGCCUCGAGCAUGGUGGCUGAGGUUGGCACAACAGGAGGUGCCAUGUUGUGCCUCCUUCUGGGAGAUCACCCCUGGACAGUUUAAAUCCAGCAGAGAACGUAACAGUUUCUUGAAACUGAGUUUGAAAAUAAUUGCUGAAAUACAUACAGAACUGCAUGUGAGAUCACCAACUGUUCAGAGCAAGUGGAUACUAAUGACGAAGAGGUAUUGUGGUCUGUGGAUUUUCAGGGGCAUCGCUAAUGAUCUCUGGUGAAAACGGGACAUCCUCACAGUGUGAUGGGAGAUUCUGCAAGAGCUGUGCAUUAUAUUUGUUUCAAAAGACCAGACUGCCACUUCUUGGGGCAGUAGUGGAAACUACGAAAACAACUUUAUUUCUGCAUUUGGAUAUAUGGGAAUUGCAUAACCAGUUGAAGAAGCAACAGGACCUCUUCUGAUUUAUCCUCCUGCACUGAUUCUUCAAGGUGGAGUCUUUGAAGGGGGAGGGGGGUGCCAAGAGACCCCCCCUCCCCCAGGAGAGAAGAACUUUAGGGUGGCCACCCUGCAUCUGUGUAAAGAUGUCAACUGUCAGGGUAGAUCAGUUUUGUCUUUCCUGUACUGAAGCUUAUGAUGCUGAGAGACGGUUCCUUGCCGCCUGCUGAGUUCAUUCUGAGGUCCAUGGUGGCAGUGUGAUACCCGUCAUAGGGGAGAGCACAAGAAGACAGUGUGGAGGCCUGUGCCUGUGAAGGAUGCUGAAGAAAAGCAAUCUGGUUCUCUGGGGCGUGGUGCUUUUUGUGGCCUGGAAUGCCCUGAUCCUGUUCUUCUUGUGGACCCGGCCUCCGUCUCUCUCAGAGCAUGGCCAUCUCACGGAAGAAGUGAUCCGUCUGGCUCAAGAUGCUGAAGUGGAGCUAGAGCGCCAGAAAGACCUCUUGCAGCAAAUCUACCGUUACAGUGCCCUCUGGAGCAGGAGGAAGGCGAAGGAGGCCAGGCUUCACCCACCGGUUGUUGCUGCAUCGGCCCAGCUUUCCACAGCUGCUCCUUCAUCCCGUCACUCUCAAAUCUCUCCAGAUGCUGUAUUGCCCGUGCUGGUAAUCGCCUGUGACCGCAGCACAGUCCGCCGUUGCCUAGACAAGCUGCUGCAUUACCGUCCCUCACAGGAGCGGUUCCCCAUCAUUGUGAGCCAGGACUGCGGACACGACGAGACAGCCAGGGUCAUCGCCUCCUAUGGAGAUGCCAUCAUGCACAUCAAGCAGCCCAAUCUGAGUGACAUCCCUGUGCCGACUGAUCACCGCAAGUUCCAGGGCUACUACAAGAUUGCCCGGCACUAUCAUUGGGCCCUGAGCCAGGUCUUUCGGACCUUCCAAUACCAAGCAGCUAUUGUUGUGGAAGAUGACCUGGAAGUGGCACCAGACUUCUUUGAAUACUUCCAGGCAGCCUUUCCUCUCCUGCUGGCUGAUCCAACACUAUGGUGCAUCUCUGCCUGGAAUGAUAAUGGCAAGGAACAGAUGGUUGAUGCUGCUCAUCCAGAACUUCUCUACCGUACAGACUUUUUCCCUGGCUUGGGCUGGCUUCUGCUGUCUGAUCUGUGGGAUGAGCUGGAGCCCAAGUGGCCCAAGGCCUUCUGGGAUGAUUGGAUGAGGCAGCCUGAGCAACGGCAGGGCCGUUCCUGCAUCAGGCCUGAAGUGUCGCGCACCAUGACUUUUGGCCGCAAGGGUGUGAGCCAUGGUCAGUUCUUUGAUCAACACCUGAAGUUUAUCAAGCUCAACGACCACUUCGUGCCUUUCGCCCAGAUGGACCUUUCUUACCUCAAGAAGGAUGAGUAUGACCGCUCAUUCCUGGACCAAGUCUAUGGUGCCCCUGAGCUGCGGGUAGAAGAGCUGCAGGGUAACCAGCGCCGGGAUUUGGGCACCGUCAGAGUGCAGUAUACCACUCGUGACUCGUUCAAGGCCUUCGCAAAGGCUUUGGGCGUCAUGGACGACCUCAAGUCGGGAGUGCCUCGUGCCGGCUACCGGGGCAUUGUCAGCUUCCUUUACCGAGGCAGGCGUGUUUACUUAGCACCCCCUUCUGACUGGACAGGCUAUGACCCCAGCUGGAGUUAGCAGCUGAGGAUCCUUACGCAUGUGGGACUCGAGGGGGAGGGGUGCCAGGGGUGGGAGGGAAACUGUAUUUUUUUUAACCGUGUGGCAUUCGAGUGCAUUCCAGAGAUGAGACUUGUUUUUGUGCACUUAAAAUACUGGAUAGGGUGGGUUGGGCUGUUGGAAUAUUCUGAUGCCCCAGCCUGGUGGGUGAGAUGGAACCUUCUGAAUGUUCUUGGUUUUUCUCUCCAGUGCCUGUCCUCUUUUUUUUUUUUUGAUGUGGCAGUCUGUUUACUUGUUGGAUCCUUGGUGGCUUCUCCAAGUUGGUGAUUUGAGGUCAAAGCCAACACUGAACCAAAGCAGUAACCCACUAAGGUUUCCCCCAGCUUCAUUAGACCUAUUGCAGGCCUGCACAACUUGUGACUCAGCAAACCGAAGGCAGCUCCAUCAGCUGUGUAUUGUGACCUGCCAAAGUUUUCUUAUGUUUUUUUCCCCCUAGUUCCAGGCACAUGAAGGUUUGUUGUCUGCCAUACGCGGCUGAUAUACUGCUCAAUGGGCCACAGUUUGUGCAGGCCUGAACUGUCGGGGAGAAACAAGGGCCUCUUCUCACCUCUUGGCUACCAAAUUAGCUCUUACAUUAAAUGCAGGUUUAGAAGGCAGGGAGCUCCUUCUGAUGAUCAUUGCGCCCAUUUGAAAGAUCAUCUUUAUUUGACCUUGUUGGCCUCUUCCUUGGGCAUCCUGGAGAACCUAAUUACUGCUUUAAUCAUCUGGGAUGGGAAAGUGGGAAAGAGGAAUGCCCUGAUAAAUUCCAAGUGGCCAUCGUUCGGUAAAUUUGGAGAGGUGAGCCAUUUUGCGGUCACCUGGACAUUAAAGUAGACAGGGUGGGCGGGAGCAUGAAAGCAUGCUGUCUUCAUGGCUCCGUGCCAGGGCCUGUUCACUUUGGUCUACAGGAAGUCUUUUAAAGAGGCGGCCGUUUUUCCUGCGACUGUCUUCAUUCACUCCUCUGGUUCUGAGAUGCACAUGGUCGCCUCUACACCCAGUGCUGCUCAAAGGAACAUUCAGUCAGCUGACCAGACAAGCAGAAACUUCAUGGGAUGUAGCAUUUCAUUUGGCAAGUCUGGGGAUUAAAUGCUUGAAAGCUUCCUGACGGGAAUGUGUGUGCAGAACCAGCAUGUUGGUGAGAAGGUUGUGGGCUAGGUUUUUUCCCUCUGGCAUGCUAGGGGUGUGUGUGUGCAUGUGUUUGUGUAAAAUAUUAUAUGUAGAGGAGUACUCAACACUCAGGCUCCCCCACCUACAGUCUGAAGUGCUACAGCCAAAGGUGGGCUCUAUCCUGUGGAGAUUCUGGUUGUCUGUCAGUACUGAGUACACAUUGUAGAAAAGCUUCAUAGUAUUCAAAGGGGAGUCUGACUUAGUACGUUCUGAGAGGUGAUAGCAAGGACAUUAGCUCUCAGAGCUGCCUUAAUUCUACUGGCAGGGCAGUGUUCUUUCCCAAAUAAACCUGACUGCAUUUCUUGCCCCUCGGUGGCAUUUCCUUGAAAGUGGUUUUUUGGGCCACAACAUUAGAACUGAUCACCGCCACAUCUGUGGGAGGAACCAGGGGAGAGAAUUCCCGCGACCUCAGAAGGGGGCUCUCUAGUGAAGGGGCCCAGCCUUAGACUGCGGCGCAGAGUCCCCCCUCCCCAUCAUAGCCUUUAGGAGGUGCUGCUGAGCUGCUCCGGAGCCACUUGGAGAGGUAGGUGUGGGGGAUGGGGCUUCAGACCUCAAUUGGCCAAAAUUCAGACCACACCAAAGGGUAAUAUUUUGUUUGGAUGCUGUAUUACUUUUUGUCUUUUUCUUUAAAAAAAAAAUCUGUCCCCAUGGUGAGUGGAGGACAAAAGACUUUGGCUCUGCUUUGGAACUGGAUUUCAGUCAGGAACUUCCUGUGACCAGGUUCAGUGAAGGUUAUGUUUGCGUGCGUGCCCGUGUGCACAUUGGGGUGGGGAGAGAGGAUGGAUUCUUCCUCCUAGUGACUGAUGGAGGGAGGACAGGAUACGGUGCCUUUGGAGGGGAGGCAGACUACGAUGAAUGAAUGACAUGAUGUAUAUAGCAAACUCUGCUUUCAGCGAUGAUCUGGAAAGCACUAACAUUUCUAUCAAGAACUGCAGUGUUUAGAAGAGGAAGGCUGUCAUAUCGAGAAUGUGGUAUAUGUCCAAAGGGUGAUUUGUUUUAGAGGGUGGACUUCAGUGAAGAGAUAUCUAUGGAGGAGGGGUUCUUGGAAACAAUUCUGUUUGAAACAGGAAUCAUGUAGGACUGGGAUUCAUCUUUGUAUUCGUGGGUUUUUUCAUGGCUGAGGAAGACCUUCGGGGUGGUACCUUGUGUCCAUCCUACAUUUUUACUUGAGUGUGCAGGAAUGGGAAUGAUCUCCUAGAGCGUGGAGGAGUGGGGUGUGUGUUUGUGUGUGUGUGCACGUGUGUGUGUGAGAGAGAGAUGUUCCACAUGCCAGCCCCUGCAGCUUUUAAUCCCAGCUAUUGUCAGGGUUCUGCAGCAUUAAAACUAGAAGUGACUCCAAGUCUGUUCUAGCUGUACAUUCUUUGACUGAUCCAGUUUGCAAAGGAGCACCUACAGAAAUGAAACCGCUAAUCUCUGAAAGACAGCCAGAGGGGCCGUUCUGCUGGGUGGGUAUGCCUGGAGAGGGAUUAUUUUCUGUUCCUAUCUGCUUCCUCCUUCUCUCCUGAAAGAUACAGGCAAGAGGUCAGCGUUCCUGAGCAGAGGAGAUAAGAAGCCAGUGAAGCGGCCUCUCUUCUACCACAUCUGCUUAUCUUGCCUACACUUCUGCCCUCUUUCCCGGAAGGAGUUAGUUGUCCCUCUGUAGAACUCUGAAGGAUUUCCCUGUCCUGUGCACUUUCCUGCUGUUGCCGCCAAAGGUGGAGGAUGGACAGUGUUUUAAGAAACUGACUCAGCCAUUCAUUCCUGUAUAAAAAGAGCCUUUUCUGUGAGGACUUCUCUUCUUCCUGCCCUCUCCUUUUUGGAUGGCGUAGUCCUGUGUCAUUUCUUCAUUCAUGCCAUCUGUUGCCCAGCCUCUCCUGUGAUGUUUUGUUCUAACUCAUGGUGCUGCUUCUCUCCCUUUUCAUUCCGGGCAGUAGGCUUAGUUGAAGGGCAAUGGAGAGCGGUCAGCCAAGACCCCAGGAGUGAGAGCAAGAUUGAGUCCGUUGGGGAGACUCCACUAGUAGCCCUCAAGGUGUCCCUUCCUCCUUCCCCAGCCUCCCUCCACUUGUAGAACUGUCUUCUGGAAUGUUUACCAGCUUGAAAUAAAAGUGUGCAAAUUUGGGGUGGGUGAGCAAAGCUGUUUGCUGGAGAUGCUCUUUUAAUGUCCAAAUUUCAACCUGUGAAAGAAGAGUGCAAAAUGCAAAAACUUAUUUUCCAGAAUAAAAUAAAAGAAAAACUGGUUCUUUUCC